AUGAGUAAAGCUUAUGAUCGGGUUGAACGAGAGUUCUUAAGGGUAAUGAUGGAGUGUAUGGGAUUUGAGAAAGAGUCAGUGGGUAUUAUAAUGAACUGUAUUACAUCGGUUUCAUAUUCUGCUAUUGUCAAUGGGAAGAGGGGAGAGACUUUUAAACCGACUAAGGGCCUUCGACAAGGCGACCCACGAAGCCCUUCUCUCUUUUUAAUUUGUAGUAAAGGUUUAUCCGCUCUUAUGAGGAUUGCAUUACAUGAUGGUUUGAUAAAAGGGGCAAAAGCAAGUAGGAGAGGUCCUCAAGUAUCACACUUGCUAUUCGCAAAUGGCUACAUUUUAUUUGGAGAGGCUACUACUAAUGGUACUCAGAUACUGAAGGGGAUCUUAAAGGAGUAUGAGAUGUGUUUGGCGAGAGAUGCUGCGGGGAAGGUCUUGAUCUCGAAGACAGUGCACACGGAGGCUAGGUCUGCUUUUGCAGCAGAGGCUCUCACAUGUUUGAUGGCAAUACAAGCAGGGGUGGAAAUGGGAUUGAGAGUGGUGACAAUAGAAGGAAAUUCAAUGUCAGUAAUUAAAAAAUGCCAGACAGAUCUAGUAGAUAAGUCCGAAAUUGGAGCAUAUAUCAGAGAUGUUCAGACGAAAAAAAAUCGAUUUUGGAGUAUCAUUUUCAUACAUGCACAUAGAUCGGCGAACCAGUUAGCUUAUAUACUGGCAAUGGAGACUUUAAAGAACAGAGAACAGGCUUACUUGGUAGGGAGUGUUCCGGUUUAUGCUCUCCAACGUAUGGAGAUAGAGUGGGCUAAGGAACCCAAUUGA